AUGGACCCAAGCAAGCUUGUCCAUGUAGGAUGGAAGCGCGUGGCUUGGCCCGAACUACGAAUCCAGCGACUUGAAUCAUCCCGUGAACGACGACUGCCUAGCUCUGUUGAAAAGCUGAGAACCGACAUCCGGAACCAUGCUUAUACUCUCCUUAAAAAGCACAACCUGUUCUACCGAGACGAAAACGGAGAUGAGAACGAGGUCCUACUGGAGAUGCUCCAGCACCCCCUGGAACCCGACACUGCGCAACCCACCAUCAUCAUGCUCGCUCGCUGGUCACCUGCCAAUGCUGUUGCUUUCAGGAAUGUGGCACAAGAAAUGGUUGACUGGUUGGCCGACUGGGCGACCAACGUUUCUCAACGCAUAAAUGUAGAGAUCACAGCACCGGAAAAUGUUCAGACAAUCUAUUAUGGUGCAGUCGGCGACCGAGCCCUAUCCAACGCCUGGGACUCUACCAGGGAGGCCGUCGAUAACCUUCUUGAGUCCCUUCCGUCCACCAAAGGCUCACUGACGUGCCUGGCGUUGCAAAAAUAUGGAGUCAAUCCAGAAAUCAAUGCCAAUCCCCCAACAGUUUACAUGUCAAUGGAUCAUCGCUCAAAUGAAGCUACCUGGAACUAUGUUGCUACCCGCGUCAAAGAGCUUCUCAACAAGCAAGGAUGGAAUCAUGUUCAAGUUCACAUUGAACACAAUCUCAACAUGUUUUGUACAUUCCCACUGCUGCCAAUAACCGAUGAUAAAGCCGCACGAAUGGAAAACGGGUACAGAAACAGCAAACGCAUUACUGGCGAUUACCGCAACACAGUCCAAAUUGGCGACGACAUUGGGGCCGCUCGCUACACCACACGAGAGGAGGAUGAAAGAUCUAGAGACCCAGGAGCUGGUACUCUUGGUUGUUUUGUCCAGAUUAAAACAACCAAUCACCAGGAAUGGCGAACCAUGAUCCUCACCAACUACCAUGUUGUCAGGCCUGCUUUCGACGGGUUUAAGUUGAAGACGGUAGGCUCAGAAAGUGUUGCCGCAGCUCCAGACAAUGACAGUGAUCUCUGGUAUGUAGACGUCCAUGGAUACUCGCCGCACAACAAACAUAACCUCAAGGGCCGUGUUUGUAGCAUGGAAAGCCCGAGUCGCACCAAGCAUAACUUCACUAUCACAAGUAUUGACGAUACUAUCGCGACUCUAAAAGAGCAAGCAAAGUUCUGGCAGCAGACUUUCAACUCUACAAAAGACGAGCGACACGAAAGGAAUCUACGUGGUCUCAAAUCGAGAAUUGCAGCUUUGAAGGUUGAGAGGAGAGAAAAGGUCACGUUCUUUGAUGGUGAUAAACACUUCGCUGGCAGAAUCUUUCUCUGUCCUGGCUUCCUACGUAAAUCUAAGGGGCGAAGGAUGGAUUGGGCUUUAAUCCACCUUGACAAAUCUCGCUCAUGGUCAAAUCGUCUCCCAGACAUGGACGAUUGGAAAUCUCUCCAAGAUGAAGACAAGCCCUAUCGCACCUACGACAUGCCAAUCACAGAUCCAUUGCACUCACUGGAGGAACGAACAAGCCUAGGCCAUGUUUACAAAGUCGGAGCUGUCACUGGAGCGACAACUGGGGACUGCCAUGACGAGCAGGAGAACGUCAAACUGGUCGACGAUGUACAUCUUGGUCAGGAUGAACGCAGCAAAACAACAGAGCUCAUUAUCAAGCCUGGAGGCCCGGGAAAGUUCUGCUCCCAUGGCGACUCAGGAUCUGUUGUCUUUGACAGCGACGGAGGAAUUGUUGGUUUGUUUUUUAGAGGACACAAACACAAUGGUUCUUUCGAUGACGGGUAUGGGUACGCAACGCCUAUCGAGUUGGUGUUUCAGGACAUCAAGGACUUUUCGGAGCAAGGUGUGACGGACAUUCGAAUUGCGAAGGCAUAA